GUCUCCAUGGCUCUCCUGUGCUGUGCCAUGUUGGUGCUACCGUGUGUUCUUAACAUUGCCUCAGCCACUGUUGAAGUUCACAUGGACUACGGUGGUGUUCCCUGGAUUAAUCGGCUGCUAGGAGAGCCAAGUGUAAUAAGCCUGCAGGGACGACUGGACUCAGCCUGGUUAAGAGCCAACAACCCCCAGUCUUGCCCUCAACAGUGUGACUGCCCCCUCCAGUGGCCAACAGCGCUCUACUGUGACCACAGAGGCCUGGCAGACACCCCUGACCACCUGCCGGACAGAACUCAAUACUUGUUCCUACAGGGUAACAACAUCUCGUCCCUUUCGUCCUCUUUUCUGGCCAAUGUUACUGAUUUACGCUGGCUCAUCAUGGAUCACAACCAGCUGCAGAGCGACAAGCUGGAUCAGAUAGGACUGCAGAGCCAGACCCAGCUGUGUUACCUUUUUGCCAACCACAACCACCUGAGAUCAGUACCCAGCGCUCUACCAGCUGGACUCAAGCAGCUGCGACUGGCCCACAACCAAAUUAACAGCAUCAGUCCUGGUGCGUUCAAGAACCUGCACAACCUGACACUGCUGCUGCUGCAAGGAAACAAACUGCAAACCAUCAUAGAGGGAGACUUUAAAGGUCUGGUCAGUCUGAACCUGCUGGACCUCAGUAGUAAUUUAUUCCCCGCUGUCCCCGGACAUUUAUCCCCUUCUGUUGAGCAGCUCUAUCUGUCCAGUAACACUCUCUCUGCACUGAAUAAAGACAGUUUUGUGGGAUUUUUCAACCUCAAGUACCUUCGUCUGAGUAACUGUAGUCUGCAUAGCGACAUCAUCCACCAGAAGGUCUUCAAUUUCUCCAGCUUGGUGGAACUCGACCUCUCUUACAACAAACUAAAAACGAUUCCCACAGUCCCCACCACUCUGAGGUACCUCUACCUGGAGGCCAAUGAAAUACAAGAGUUCAACGUGACCAGUUUCUGCAGAGAGGUGGGACCUCUCUCCUACUCCAGGAUAAAGAUCCUACGAUUGGAUGGAAACAAAAUCUCCCACCAACAGCUGCCAUCUGACUGGGUUUUCUGCCUGCGAGUGCUUGAAAGUAUUUACAUUUGAUCCACCUUCUCAACUUGCAACAGAAUAAGUUACUGUAUGUAAUUGGCCAAAGUCCUCUAGAAAGAAAAUGUGACUCAUGUUUUCAAUCAACUCAGGCUUACAGCUAAACCAGAGAAGAAUUGUGUAUUCAAGAUCUAGAUACACACCCAGGCACUGAAGGGAAAAUCUUCCAGCGAUGCCAAAGCCUGGACUUGUAUACUAAACCAGUGUUUUUUUUUAUCAUACUGCCAAAUGUCAUGAUCAAAACAUAACAAAUGCCACAAGAACAUUCCCAUGGGUUUUUCUCUGUUUCUCUCUCUCUCAUUAUAUAUUUUCCAAGUUUUGUCUCAGCGAUGCAGGCUUGAACAUCUGUGAGUUAUUACCAAAUAGGAACUGUGACAAACUCUCUCAUUUCUGACUGUGCGGAAUAAUGUGCUCGAGUUAAACUGAGCUGUGUUACUGUGUUAGGGAAAAGGGAAGCGUAUGAAUGUCAAUAUUCGGUAGCUGUCCAAUAAGACAACCUGUCCUGACCUAUCUAGCUGGAGAGUGUUAAACAGACACACCACAUUUAAAAAAAAAUCUUUCUAAACUUCUUUUUGCCAAUAAUAGUUAAAUGUUGAUUUGAAACCUUAUUUCCAUGAUCCAAAAAUGUCAAAUUAACAGAAAAAUAAAAUGGGCUACAUGCAGUCAUUUACGUUUGUCAUUGUUGUGUGUUUGCUGCAGCAAUAUUUAACUUUACAAUAUUGGAAAUGCAAGCAAUCAAUUGACAGUAAUGAUUCACAUUAUACUUGUUUUAAUUUUCAAAAAUAUUAUGGUCUUAAUUCAGUUUAGAUGGUUGGCAUCACGUUUGGGUUUACAUAAACACAUUUUGUAAACAAAGUUUAAAAAAAAGUUUAAAUUUCAAUAUUUCUCAGUUUCCUAAAAAACAUGUUUUACUUGUAUGCCAUUGAAAAAGAGAUUGAGUGAUUCUCUGCACUGACGUUCUUUGUUUCAAAUUAAUUUUCGAGUGGCCUCAAGUGGUUUUUCAUUGAUUCUUAUCCUGUACAUAACAGAUUUGUGAUCUGGGAUAUUUUAAUAUCCUAAUAGUGUUGCCUUUUCCUGAUUUUAAAGGCUUACAUUACA